UGACGUCACAGUUUUGACGUCGCGGAGGCCCAGGUGGAAGGAAGUGUUUCCCACCGUGGACGAGCAGGAGCUUCCAAAUCGGGACAGAUGCGCCCUGGCAGCGGUGAUGUGAAGCGAUUGGUUUGUCGGAGUUUCAGCCUGCAUGAAGGCGUGAAUCGUUUCCAUCAGUAAACAUUUGAAAAGAAGAUGAUGAAAUGAGAUAAAGCUGACAUCUAUCUGGAGGAGCCCAGUCCCCACCUCCGCCUCUGAAAGCAUGGCGGGCCUACAGCUAGUCACGCCUGCCUCUUCACCCAUGGGGCCUUUCUUUGGUCUCCCAUGGCAACAGGAGGCCAUUCAUGAUAACAUCUAUACUCCUAGGAAAUAUCAGGUAGAACUUCUUGAAGCAGCUCUUGAACACAAUACUAUUGUCUGCUUGAAUAGUAGCUCAGGGAAGACCUUCAUUGCAGUACUUCUAACAAAAGAGCUCUCCCACCAAAUCCGUGGAUCUUUCCAUGAAAAUGCGAAGAGGACUGUUUUUCUGGCGAAUGCAGCUUCCUCAGUGGCUCAGCAAGCAGCUGCUGUCAGGACGCACUCUGACCUCCAGGUGGGAGAGUACACAGAUUUGGGGGAGACCUCUGCUUUGGUCAGCCAGUGGUGGCAGCAAGAAAUCACUGAGAAUCAGGUGCUGGUCAUGACUUGCCACAUAUUCCUGCACAUUCUGAAGAAGGGGAUCUUGGUGUUGUCAAAAAUCAAUCUUGUGGUUUUUGAUGAUUGUCACCUGGCCAUCGUAGACCACCCUUACUGUGAGAUCAUGAAGCUGUUCGAGGGCUGCCUGUCUGCUCCUCAGGUCCUGGGUCUCACAGCUUCCAUUCUGAAUGGAAAAUGUGACCCAUCAGAGUUGGAGCAGAAGAUCCACAACCUGGAACAGAUUCUGAAGAGCAACGCGGAAACUGCCACCGACCUCGUGGUUCUGGACAGAUACGCUUCCCAGCCUAGAGAAGUGGUGCUAGACUGCGGCCGUUUGGCGGAUCAGAGCGGCCUGACCUCCUGCCUGCAGGCCGAGCUGGAUGAAGCGCUCCACUUCCUGAGGGAUUGCAACCUAUCUGCUGCCAGAGAGGAACGUGACCCCACAUACAUCUCGAAGCAGGUUCUGAGCGACUGCUUGGCGGUGCUGCAGGUGCUGGGGCCCUGGUGUGCAGACAAGGCGGCCGGGAUCAUGGUGCGCGAGCUCCAGAAGUACAUCAAACAUGAGCAGGAAGAGCUCAACCGCAAGUUUUUGCUUUUCACUGACACUGUUCUGCGCAAAGUGCAUGCCCUCUGUGAGGAGCACUUCUCCCCUGCCUCGCUGGACCUCAGGUUUGUCACGCCAAAGGUCCUCAGGCUGCUGGAGAUCCUGCACGAAUACAAGCCUUUUGAAAGGCAGCAGUUUGAAAGCGUGGAGUGGUACAACAACCGCAACCAGGACAAUUAUGUGUCCUGGAGCGACUCUGAGGAGGAAGACGAGGAUGAGGAGGUGGAGGCCAAAGAGCGGCUGGAAGCCAACUUUCCCUCACCGUUCACAAACAUUCUGUGUGGGAUUGUCUUCGUGGAGCGGCGCUACACUGCCGUCGUCCUCAACCGUCUUAUCAAAGAGGCGGGGAAGCAGGACCCAGAACUCGCAUACAUCAGCAGCAACUUCAUCACUGGCCACAGCAUCGGCAAGAACCAGCCACGGAACAAACAGAUGGAGGUGGAGUUCAGGAAGCAGGAAGAGGUGCUUCGCAAAUUCCGGGCUCAUGAAACCAACCUGCUCAUCGCCACCAGCAUUGUGGAAGAAGGGGUGGAUAUUCCAAAGUGUAACCUGGUUGUUCGGUUUGACCUGCCCACAGAAUACAGGUCCUAUGUUCAGUCCAAAGGCAGAGCUCGGGCCCCUGUGUCCAACUACAUCAUGUUAGCCGACAGUGACAGGACCAAAGCGUUUGAGGAAGAUCUCACAACUUACAAAGCCAUAGAGAAGAUCUUACGGAACAAAUGCUCCAAGUCUGUAGAGGUGAGCGAGUUUGAAGUGGAGCAGGUGGUGGACGAUGACAACAUUCUCCCGCCGUAUGUACUUCGGUCUGAGGACGGAGGACCCCGGGUCACCAUCAACACGGCCAUCGGACACAUCAACAGGUAUUGUGCUCGGCUGCCCAGUGACCCCUUCACACACUUGGCACCCAAAUGUAAAACAGUGGAACUGCAGGACGGACUCUUCCAGUCCACGCUCUACUUACCCAUCAACUCCCCUCUCCGGGUUCCUGUCAAGGGUCCUAGGAUGAGCUGUGGCAGGCUGGCUGAGAAGGCCGUUGCACUUGUAUGUUGUGAGAAGCUUCAUAAAAUCGGUGAGCUGGACGAUCACCUUAUGCCCGUGGGGAAGGAGACUGUGAAGUAUGAGGAAGAGUUGGACCUCCACGACGAGGAGGAGACCAGUGUUCCGGGCCGGCCUGGCUCUACCAAACGGAGGCAGUGCUACCUGAAAGCCAUCCCAGCGUGUCUGCGGGAUAGUUAUGUGGUACCUGACCAGACGUACUUCCUGUAUGUGAUCGGAAUGGUUCUCACCACACCUCUUCCCGAUGAACUCAACUUCCGCAGGAGAAAGCUCUACCCUCCAGAGGACACCACCAGGUGCUUUGGGAUCCUGACUGCCAAACCCAUCCCUCGAAUCCCUCACUUUCCUGUAUACACUCGCUCGGGUGAGGUCACCAUCUCCAUCGAGCUGCAGAAGUCAGGCUUCACGCUCUCUGCUGCCCAGCUGGACCUCAUCACCCGCCUGCAUCAGUACAUCUUCUCCCACAUCCUGCGUUUGGAGAAACCUGCCCUGGAGUUCAGACCCACCCUGGCUGACUCGGCUUACUGUGUUCUACCUCUGAAUGUUGUUGGGGAGUCCAGCACCCUGGACAUGGACUUUAAAUUCAUGGAGGACAUUGAGAGGUCUGAGGCUCGUACCGGCAUUCCCACCACUCAGUACACCAAGCUGAACCCUUUCACCUUCAAGCUGGAGGACUACCAGGAUGCUGUCAUCAUUCCACGGUAUCGUAACUUUGACCAGCCUCAUCGCUUCUACGUCGCAGAUGUGUACACAGACCUCACGCCGCUCAGCAAGUUUCCAUCACCUGAAUAUGAGACAUUUGCAGAGUACUACAAAACCAAGUACAACCUGGACCUGUCCAACCUGAACCAGCCUCUGCUGGACGUAGACCACACCUCCUCCCGACUGAACCUGUUAACUCCGCGACAUCUCAACCAGAAGGGCAAAGCUCUUCCUCUGAGCAGUGCGGAGAAGAGGAAGGCCAAAUGGGAGAGUCUGCAGAACAAACAGAUCCUGGUCCCAGAGCUGUGUGCCAUCCACCCCAUCCCUGCCUCCCUGUGGAGGAAAGCAGUGUGUCUGCCCAGCAUCCUGUACCGCCUUCACUGCCUCCUGACCGCCGAGGAGCUGCGGGCCCAGACAGCCAGGGAAGCUGGAGUCGGAGCCCAGACCCUCCCUCCGGACUUCAGAUACCCAAACCUGGAUUUUGGCUGGAAGAGAUCCAUUGACAGCAAAACAUUGAUCUUGUGCUCUGAGUCGUGCACCAAGGACGGGGAGGGUCACUGUAAGCAUCAAGCGCCUGCAUCCCUUCAGCCCCUGUCCCAUAUACAGCCCAGCUGUCACCACUUGUCCCUGUCUGGGCCGGGCCCUCUGGUGGCCCUGGCAUCCAGAGACACUACCUGCACCAGGAACAUCACUAACGGCACUGCCCAGCUCACCAUCUGUGAUGACAAUGGCCACCAAGAAGAGCACCUUGAUCACUAUAACAAUUGCCAAUACUGGCAGCCCGGCUCGCCUGGACUGCAGAACCCUGAAUCAAUGCAAACCACUACCUCAGUUCCUGUGCAGUCCUUUCAGAGCCUGAAACCCAGCUGUGGUCCUCCACAGCCCAGUGAUGAAUGUAUAGCAGGGAGGACCUCAGACUACACAAAAAAACCUACCUCAGUCCGUAGGCAGGCAGCCAUGGCUCCCAGUGUUCCCACAGCACCCUGUCCUGACCUUGUCUGCAUUCCCCAGUCUGGCCCAGAGGCAGGAGGCUCCCCAAAGGGGCUCGGACCCAACCCAGGACUAAUUCUGCAAGCCUUGACCCUGUCCAAUGCCAGUGAUGGCUUCAAUUUGGAGCGUCUGGAAAUGCUCGGGGACUCUUUCCUCAAGCACGCCAUCACCACAUACCUAUUCUGCACCUACCCUGACGCCCACGAGGGCCGGCUCAGCUACAUGCGCAGUAAGAAGGUCAGUAACUGCAACCUGUACCGUCUGGGAAAGAAGAAGGGUCUCCCCAGCAGGAUGGUGGUGUCCAUCUUUGACCCCCCUGUCAACUGGCUGCCUCCAGGUUAUGUGGUCAACCAGGACAAGAGCAGCAUAGACCAGCUGGACUUGGACCAGGCCAAAGUGGACCUUGUGAGCAACGGGCAGUCUGGGAAUGACUGCGAUGAGUAUGAUGAUGAUGGUGAGGAUGUAGACGAGGAUGGUGAGUUGAUGUUGAAGGAUGAGCCAAAGGAUGAAGUCAACAUGGAGGAUGACCUUGAGUAUUACAAUGAGCACAUCAAAUUCAUUGAUAACAUGCUGCUGGGAUCCGGCGCGUUUGGUAAAAAGAUCUCCCUCAGCGGAUUUUCACCUUCUCUCACACCCACCUCUGGCUCCACCCCUGGUCAAGACUUACCUUAUGAAUGGAAAGUCCCCAGGAAGCCCCUUCAUAACAACACAAACCACUAUCCCUCAGACCAGGUACCCAGUGGGUCUUCAACUGAGGAAUUUGACUACAGCUCCUGGGAUGCCAUGUGCUACCUGGACCCCAGCAAAGCUGGCGAGGACGAUGACUUUGUGGUGGGUUUUUGGAAUCCCUCAGAGGAGAGCUGUGGUGCAGAGCUGGGAAAGCAGACCAUCUCCUAUGAUCUCCACACUGAGCAGUGCAUCGCUGACAAGAGUAUCGCUGACUGUGUGGAGGCUCUGCUCGGGUGCUACCUUACCAGCUGUGGAGAGAGAGCUGCCCAGAUGUUCCUCUGCUCACUGGGUCUUAAGGUGCUGCCAUUGGAAAGAGGGAACCUAACAGAAGCAACUGGGGAAAACUGUCAGAUCUCAGCCAAUGACAUGACCUACGGCUGGCUGAAGAUCCCGCCCCGCUGCAUGCUGGACCAUCCAGACGCAGAGCGAACUCUCAAUCACCUCAUCUCCGGCUUUGAGAACUUUGAGAAAAAGAUCAACUACACCUUCCAGAACAAGGCUUAUCUGCUGCAAGCCUUCACCCACGCCUCCUACCAUUACAACACCGUAACAGAUUGUUACCAGCGGCUGGAGUUCCUUGGAGAUGCAAUUCUAGACUACCUCAUAACAAAGCACCUUUAUGAAGACCCUCGGCAGCACUCACCUGGUGUGUUAACUGACCUGCGAUCAGCGCUUGUCAACAACACCAUCUUUGCCUCUUUGGCCGUCAAAUAUGACUACCACAAGUACUUCAAGGCCAUCUCUCCUGAGCUUUUCCAUGUUAUUGAUGACUUUGUCCAGUUUCAGCUGGAGAAGAACGAGAUGCAGGGCAUGGACUCUGAGCUGCGACGCUCUGAGGAAGAUGAAGAGAAGGAAGAGGACAUCGAAGUGCCAAAGGCAAUGGGGGACAUCUUUGAGUCGCUGGCUGGAGCAGUAUACAUGGACAGCAGGAUGUCUCUGGAGACGGUGUGGCAGGUCUAUUAUCCAAUGAUGAGACCACUUAUAGAGAAGUUUUCUGCCAAUGUGCCACGUUCUCCGGUUAGAGAGCUGCUGGAGAUGGAACCAGAAACGGCCAAGUUCAGCCCUGCAGAGAGAACCUAUGACGGGAAGGUCCGGGUGACGGUGGAGGUGGUUGGUAAGGGAAAGUUCAAAGGCGUCGGCCGCAGCUACCGGAUUGCCAAGUCAGCGGCAGCGCGGCGAGCUCUGCGCAGCCUAAAAGCCAAUCAACCUCAGGUCCAAACCAACUGAGCUCCAUCUGCGAGCGGUCAGCAUCAGCACCUAAGCUCCUGAUGUUCAGAGAGGAAGUGCUGCUGGCUACCCAGCACCGCGCAGCACUCGCCGUCGGCACGACCCGGGCGGCCAGGAAACACUGUGGAGACGCCACACCAGAUGCAGACUGAUCUCAGAACACAUUUCAUUUUGGAUGCUCAUUUUGUUUUUAUUUUUGGGGGGUUUUGCGCAAACACAAUCUUUCCUUUUCUUUCUCUGCAUUGUGCUUUAUUAACACUUAGCAAAGCCGUUCAAAAAGAGGUCAGGCGGCUGUUUUUAGUCUUUAAUGGACCCCUGUCAUCAUGCUUCCUGUGUAGUGUUAGAGUGUAAAUAGUCCAGUCAGAGGUGUAAAUCAAAGUAUGUAGGAACAAGAAAAGUUAAAAAAAAAAACAACAAAAAAAAAACGCUAAACUCCUCAUUCUGUGCACUAGUGCCAGCUGCUUUCCCGCCAUUUGGUGGAACGCUAACGGCAGACAGACGCCAACCCUGGAGGCACUCUUUCCUAGGUGGUGUUCUUAAUCAUUUUUGCACUUAUUCCAUUAGGGCCUGUUGUUUUGACAAUUGUGUGGUUACGUUGACACCAAAAUCAUUUUACCUAUCAAAGUAUAUCAGUGUGCGUGAAUCUGAAGUGUUGUCGGCCAGAACGCCGGCCGGCCCUCACAUUCAUGGAUAGGAAUUCCAGCAUUCCCACUUACUGUAAUUUAAAACCGUUUUUAAGCGCACUUGAGGUUGCAUGUUCUUGUAGCUUAUGUAGUAACCAUGACAACUGGAUGGCUCCUAUAAAUGUUCUGAGGUUAUGGGUAUAUGUCAGUACACGUGAGUGAGAGGAGGCGUUUGUGGCAUUAGUCAACAUCUUGGUUCACGACUUAUUUUGACACCAAGAACAAAUGGAAUCAAGUUCAGACGCUCAUUCUUCAGCACGUUCAGCAGAGAGAGAGAGAGCGCGCAGCCGGAGCAAAACCAGCCUCUUUUCAUCAGUGCAGACGACCAGACAUGACUUCAGACUCAAUAAAUACAGAAAUAAACUUAUUUUAUCUUUUAUUUCUGAGUGUAUUUAUACUUUAGUACAUGCCCGUAUACAUUUAGGCAUUUAUACUUGUAUCCUUUUAUUUAGUCUUAAUUCACGUUUGGUCCUCCAAAGGAUAAAUAUAUGGUUAAAUACAUAACUGUAGAAAGUGGGCAGGUCAUGGUUUUGUUUUUUUUUUUUACUUUUUUCCAGUAUAGACACACCCCUCUGUGUUAAUUGUCUCUGGGAGCUGUUGGUAAUCAGGCAGGUGUAUAGACACGCCCCUUAAUGUCACAAAAAAAAAAAACACUGACAGCCCAUCCUGUUGGAUGUAUUUAUCCAUUUAUUUAUUCUUCAGAGGGCCAAACAUGAAGUAAGACUAAAUAACAAAAGAUUAAUGUAUCAAUACCUGUAUAAAAAUAUAAAAGAAUAAAUAAACUAUAAAUGUCUAAAUAUGAGUAUAAAUAAAAGAUAAAAGUAAAUAUAUGUUAUUUAUGUUUCUGUAUUUAUCUGUUUGGUCUUAAUUCAUGUUUGGUCCUCCAUAUUGUGGCAGUUUAUGCUUUUUGUUUUGUUUUUUAAGACUUUUUUUACGUGAAUACCUCAGUUAACUGCAUGCAUUUUCUUUAUUUUAAUUAAUGUUCUUUCUCUUUUUUUUUUUUUUUUUUUUUUUUUUUUGGUGCUAUGUUUUUGUAUUAAGCUUGAAUUUCUCGUCUUUUUUGCACUGUAACUAUGAUACCUCUUUAUUUGACCUUUUUAUCCUGAAACCUUUGAUGGGGUUGUCGUGUUCCGUAGGGGACAGCUGCGCCGUCGCCUCCCAUGCUUGAGGUUGACACUCAACCAUUACGGGUGGUGGGCGGGGCUUAUCUCUGCACACAGGCUGAGCUGUCGGUUGAAUUCAUUUUGUCGUCCUAUUAAAAGCAGGAGUUUGCUGAAUUGCUUGCAGAGGUAAUUAGAUUGCACUCUUAAUCUCAACCCUUUCUGGAUUUUCAGUCUCGACUUUUAUAUUUUUAGAACUAUUGUACAAAAUAAGACAAAUGUUUAUUUCUGCCAAACAGUAAUCCUGUUGGAUAAUCUCCCUGUGCAGGUUUUGAACCAGCUACAUCAAAGGCAAGAUAUUUAAAAAAA